CCUCCGGGCCGGCUUGGCCUGUGAUGAGAUAGUCGGACAGCAGUCGUGGAAGUGGCGACGGCAACUGCAAUCACGUCCACGACCGCGACCAUGGCCGAGUAUCAAGCCCAGAAUAAAGCCAAGCUCAUCUCUGACGUCCGACGGAGGUUCGAAGCUGAGUAUAUGACAGAUAAGUCAGAUAAGUAUGAUCCACGUGAUGUUGAAAGACUACAACAAGAUGAUAACUGGGUUGAAAGUUACUUAUGUUGGAGGCAUAAUGUUGUAGAUGAAACAUUGAAGAUGCUUGAUGAGAGUUUUCAGUGGAGGAAAGAAAUGUCUGUCAAUGACCUGACUGAAGCCUCCAUUCCCAGGUGGUUAUUGGAAAUUGGUGGUAUUUAUCUCCACGGUUAUGACAAAGAAGGCAACAAGUUGUUCUGGAUCAGGGUGAAGUAUCAUAUAAAAGACCAUAAGACCAUAUUGGACAAAAAGAAGCUUAUUGCGUUCUGGUUGGAACGGUAUGCUAAGAGAGAAAAUGGGAAACCUGUAACAGUGAUGUUUGACCUGUCAGAGACUGGAAUAAAUAGCAUAGACAUGGACUUUGUACGCUUCAUCAUCAACUGCUUUAAGGUUUAUUACCCUAAAUACCUCUCAAAAAUGGUGAUAUUUGAUAUGCCUUGGAUAAUGAACGCUGCUUUCAAAAUUGUGAAAUCCUGGCUUGGUCCAGAAGCAGUGAGUUUGUUGAAGUUUACAAGUAAAAAUGACGUCCAAGACUACGUCAGUGUAGAAUACCUGCCUCUUCACAUGGGCGGAACUGAUCCUUUCAAGUAUAGCUAUCCACCACUUGUAGAUGAUGACUUCCAGACACCGUUGUGUGAAAAUGGGCCUAUUGCCAGUGAGGAUGAAGCUUCAAGUAAAGAAGAUAUAGAAAGUGAUGGCAAAGAAACCUUGGAAACAAUUUCUAAUGAAGAACAAACAGCUCUUCUUAAAAAGGUUAACAUAACGGAACCUACUUCCAAAACAGAAGAGAAUGAAAAAGUUGAUUCCAAAAUGAAAGCUUUCAAGAAACCAUUGAGUGUGUUUAAAGGGCCCUUAUUACACAUCAGCCCAGCGGAAGAACUGUAUUUUGGAAGUACAGAAUCUGAAGAGAAGAAAGCUUUAAUAGUGUUGACAAAUGUAACGAAAAACAUAGUGGCAUUUAAGGUGAGAACAACUGCUCCAGAAAAGUACAGAGUCAAGCCAAGCAACAGCAGUUGUGACCCUGGUGCAUCAGUUGAUAUAGUUGUGUCUCCCCACGGGGGUUUAACAGUCUCUGCCCAAGACCGUUUUCUGAUCAUGGCUGCAGAAAUGGAACAGUCAUCUGGCACGGGCCCAGCAGAAUUGACUCAGUUCUGGAAAGAAGUUCCUAGAAACAAAGUAAUGGAGCAUAGGUUAAGAUGCCAUAUUGUUGAGAGCACUAAGCCAACCACUCUUACAUUAAAAGACCAUGCCUUUAACAUGUCAGAUAAAACCAGUGAAGAUCUCUAUCUACAACUCAAUCGUUUACUAGAAAGCAAUAGGAAGCUUGAAGACCAAGUUCAGCGUUGUAUCUGGUUCCAGCAAUGGCUGCUUUCCUUAACAGUGCUCUCGCUUGCUUUUGUCAUCUCUUUCUUCUAUUUGUUGUACAGUUAAAGAAGCGGUGCUCCGUAGGAAACGUGGCUUUUCCGUUCAUUAGUUGGAAAAAGUAACACCCAGAACUUCUCCACCGUGCUGAAAGUGUCGCACAUCUGUGCUUCCUGCAAGGAAAUGUACGGCAUUUAGGGGGGAACUGAAACAUGUCUUGAAAAUAAACCGUUAGAAUAAGGAAACGCUGAAGGUAUUGAUUAUAAGAGACUAUAGGUAGUUAGUCAAGUAAGUAAAGGCAUAUCUGUUGUGUGACUUAAUAGAGAUAAUUUAUUUUUCCCUUUUGAUUUAGUACUUUUAAAGCUUGUUUUAUCAUGUAUAUAUGUUAGCUGAACGGAAAAGUAACAUGCUUUGUUGCAGCCAAAAACUGUCAUCUGCUUUUUUUUGACAGAAUUAUUAUAGCUGAGCCAACUUAUUAGCUUUUCUAUACUAUGUAUAUAGAAGAACAUGUAUAUUGAAAAAACAUACAGAGUAAUUUCUGUAACCAUGACUUUGUAAUUUUGAGAACUACUAACAGAUGCUAGUCGAUGUUCUUUUGGAAUGUACAACUACUUAAUGCCAAACCACCUUUAGCCUUUGUUUCUUAUCCGUCUUCCUUAAUGGCCUGCCUGCCCUUUAUUAAUCUCAGACUUUUUAAUGAACACUCACACUCUCUCAUUUAGCUAGGAUUUGGGGAACUAAGUCUGGUUGGAUUUUCUCUAAAUUCUGUCAGUCAGUAACAUCCAGAAGAAGAACCUCUCCAGUCUUUUUUUACGCAGUUUCACGUUGCGCUCUCUGGCUGGACUCGGACCCUUUUGCUUCACUUAUUCUAAAGGCCUGAUCCUCCACUGGACCACCUUCACCCUCCUUUCUAAAUGAAAGGAGUUAGUUAGAUAAAAUUUUUUUGAAAAGUAAGUUAGUUUUUGAGAUGCAUAGCAGUAUAAUUCAUUUACAUUUCAAUUCCUUGCUAAAAUCAGCCACGAGAAGGGAACUUGACCAAAGACUGGAGUAUCGGUAAGGGUGAAAAAAAAAAAAAAUCGAAAGUGUCACUUCUCCGUUUAAGAGUGAAAAAUACUGUAAAAACUUCAGACCAGGGUUAAUUGACUCACUUGAUAUAUUCUGCCUUUGUCACAGCAAUACUGAGGACGGUUCCUCAAUUCGUAACAUGAUACACCUCGCAGGAGCAGAGCCUAAUGAAAGUAGUUUGUUUUCUCAUUUAAUAUAACCAGUUUCGGUCCAUGUUGGUUCACAUAUAAAUCUCCUUUAUAUGAAGGAAAAAAAUAAUAGUCUGCCUGUAAAAUAAAUUUUGAGUUUUGAUUGAGCCAUGUUUGGAGAAUGUUUUAUUCUGAGGUUGUAGUGUUGGCGGCUUUCAUCUUGAGAACGUGAUCCAAAACGGCGUUAUGAAGAAUGAAAAAAGAGUUCCUUCAAAAUUGGCCUAGGAAAUAAAACCUUAAAUGGACACUGGUCUGAUACUUUGUCUUAAUUUGGGUUUUUCUGUUUCAGUUUGCCACCUCCAGACGUGAAAGUGACUGCAGCCCACCCUAAGUACUGUCCAUAGUAUCUCCCUGUGUGUGUGCACAGCGGUUUCCCCUUAUAUGUUAGAUUCCUGGCUUUGUUAUAAUCUAAUCCCAAAGUAUCUGUGUAUGUGUUUUGUUCUUUGGCAAAUAAGCGAGGAAAUACUCAAAAUUGGAAAUGUAUUGUCCUAAGGGUGUCCCUUUAAUGUUUCACAUGAAAAUUACAUUGACUCACUAAAAUGUUUUUCCCUGAUGUCUGGCCAGUUGAAUUUAAUAACACUUCUUGUUAACAUUUGUGUGUCUAUUAAAUGUUACUAAGCAAAAUUUACUGAAAAUUAACCAUAAAAUCAAAGGCAUCUAAACUUUUGUACUUGUCUUAAUUGAUCACAUAUAUUUACAUUUGAUUUUAUUGUGUCUUCAUUUGAUUUUAUUUAAUCACAUUUGUAUGAUUAUUUUGAGUACGCUAUAACUAAUAAUUUUAUUUUUUAAUAUGUCAUUACCUGUUCAUGACCAAAUUACCAAGGACCAACGUUCAGAUUUAAAUUAUUUUCACUUGGAAUGGAAAUUCAUAGAGUUUCCAUGAAAACAUUAAUGAAAUAUCAUUAUAGGCAAGUAGCCUAAAAAUACAAUUGCUGGUAAACCUAGCCUCAAAUUUCAUAAUAUACCAUAACUGUUUUUAUAUCUUGCCACUAAUUUUGACUGGAUUUAAUAGCACUUUAUUGUACAAUUGCAAAAAAAAAAUAUAUUCCUAGAAUUGUUGCCGGUGUAAUUUCUCUAAUAUUCUGGUGCUUUUCAUAUAUUUUCAGUAUUUUUAUUACUAUAUUGGUAUUUUCUUUGUAUAAAUUGAUCAA